GUAACUUCUGUGGGUCAGGUGUUUCAUCAUGGCGGCUGACAAGUGGGAGUCGGCUCAUUCGCUAUUGCGUAAAGCUUCAAUAAAUGACUUUGGAACUGUAAGACUAAAAUAAAUAACAAAAUUAAAAACAAUUAUUGAACAGAAUUAGAGUAGGCCUAACCCAAAUUUGUUACCAACGAAAUUACUAAUAUAAAGUGGCCUUUUAAAAUAAUGCAAGCACAUAUCAAAAUGAUUAUUAUUAAAAUUAAGUUAAUUAAAAAAGUAUUAGUCCUAAGUUAGUAAGUAGUUUAAGUUAAGUAGUCUAUGUACUAAAAAUAGUUAUUAGUUUAAAUAUCGUUACUAAACUAAAUACUUUUACAUACUAAUACUAAAGUAGUCCUAGGCCCUAGUUUUCUUGUUCACUACUUUCAUUUUCAAUCUAACCCAAAAUUGACAAAAUCUUCUAAAUUCUAAAGUAAUUUAAACUGUUUACUUUUACUUUAAAAAAAAUUCUACUCUGCCUAGGCCUAAGUAAGUCUUACUCACUUACUCUUUUUAAAUUUUAAGACAUUAUUUAUUUUUAAAAACAGUCUAGAUUAUUUAUUAUAAUUAAACAAUAAUAUUAAAUCUUUUAAGUGUAUUUAAUAUACCGUAAUUUAAUUUUAAACCCUUUUCAUAGGAUACAUGCCUGUGUAGUGUAGCAUAUUUUAAUUUAUGUCUAUUAUAUUACCUAUGGCUAUGGACUAUGGACAUUAUUAUACUUAUACUUAUUAGUAUUUAAAGGCGGGGCAUCCAUAAUAAAGUAUUUGAAUUUGAAGCUAUUUCUUUGACUACGACAAUUUUCACAGUCUUUCACAAAUCUCAGACACUUUCCCCCACCCCCCUCCCUGUACGUCCCACUUUCAAACUAAAUUUUAAAAAAAAAUUUAAUCUAAAACACACCUCACUGUUAAUGUUAAUAAUUAAAUUUAUUAAAGCGAUAUCUCUUAUCUCAGAAUGUAUCCAUCACGUAUGGAAAGUUCAACCUUAAUUUCAGGCUUUAUAAUUUAUAUUUACAUGUAUGAAAAUGAUGUGAUAAAAAAAAUUAUUAGUGAUGUCACAAAAGAUCUUUACCCCCCAACCAACCACACACCCCUCCAACCCCCCCCCCCCCCCAAUUGGUCACACUUACUUAGACACCCCCACUGGAGCAUGAUAUAUUUUAUGGACGGCUCAGAUCUUAAAAUAAUUAUAAAUUAACUGUUUAAUAAGAGAUGGCAUGGUGUUUCCUAUAUGAUCACAUUAAAAAUGUUUAACCAGCCUAAGGCUUAAGGCAUGUUGCUCCAGUACAAAGUUUCAAAAUCUCUUCUUUGCACAUUUAAAAAUGUCAAUUCUUACCUUAUUGCUAAUUCUGUAAUUGUGACACAAAAAUAGUUUAUUAUUUACUCACCCUGUUAAAAGUUACUACAAUUGUAACACUAAAUACUAUCUUUUUAAAAUUUUUCAAUGUGUAAAAAUUUUCUUUUAAAAUUUCAAACUUGAUUUUUAGCUUUGCCAUUUGGUCGCAGAAAGCAUCUGUAGAGAUGGUAUCCUUGACCCUGGGAAGUACAUGUCUGUUUGGUCUUUAGAAGAAUGGUGGCAAGUGCAGGCAGCAGUUACCGAUAUAAUGAGAAAGGCAGUUGGAAGAGGCUGGACAAACGAAAAGGCUAGAACCAUUUUUCUUUGGUUACAGUAUUAUUCCUAAAUAUAUUUACUGGUUGAUUAAAUUUAAAAUAUUGGCGCCGUGGUGAAAAUAAUUUUCGAUGUUCAUUUACAAUUAAAAUGCAGUCUGGACCCUAAAACAUAAAAAAAGAAUAUUGUUGUUGUUUUAUUAGAGAACACUGUUGAAAAAAUCCUGAUUUAGUUCUCAUUUAUUUAAAAUUAAAAUGUUGAAAUAUAAAAAUGUUUACCUAAAUAAGAAAAUGCAGUUACUUGAUGAUGCUUAGUGACAUUCAUACAUGUUUUAUUUAUAUUUACCCAACCAUUUAUUAUUACUUUGUUAAUAUAUUUGCUGUUUCAAAGAGUACAUUUAAGGAUUUGACAACCUAAAUUUGGCAAGGGCACUGGGAAUCAAACAAAUUUAGGACCCUCCCAUAUGUGAAGUCUCCCAAAUAGACUACCCUCCCCCCUCAAUGCGUACAUAUAUGGAUGGCCCCUUAUGUUUUGUACAUGUGUUACAUAUUUAUAAUUUAUAAUUGUUGAAAGAGAUCUCCACUAGAAAUGGAAAAGAAACAAAAUCUGAUAAUCGUCAUCGUAAAAUAAGAUAAGAUUCUUUUAUUAAUCCAAACAAAUGGAAAUGUUUUGGAUGACAAUGUACCGUAUUCAUUUUCAGCACAUAGAUAAAUAUUCUUACAAGACAAAAUUUUCAAAUUUUACAAUUUAAUUUAAUCUAAACACAAGUCGUCUUAAGUGUUUCUCGUCUGCUGUCAGGUGCCAUAAAGCUUCCCUCCCUUAGUGACAAUAUGGACUUCCUUAAGUUUGAUAUUUUAUAUUUUUUAACACUAGUAACAGCCAGAGGAGCCGGCUGGUAAAUUCUGACAGAGUGGCUGAACAAAUUAGUUUUUAUAUCUUUCAGUCCUAACUUUGAGAGAAAGAAUUUGCCCUGAUUGAGCUGAUCUUAGAUACCUGUCCUCUAGAAAAAUUUUUUUUAGCUUUACAAAUGCAUUUUGCUUCAAAUUCAAAUAGUUCUUCAAGCGAAAGGUAUUUUUGUUUAUGUUUAUCAUGUUAUAUUACUGGCUUUCUUGACAGUCUAUUUAAUCAGCGUUUAAUACGAAAAGUUGAAAUCCCACGCCAGUAAAAAAAGGAAAAAAACUCCAAAACGUUUUUAAAACUGUAAUUUGAAGUCUGGCAACCUUAUUUAUACUUGUAUAAGGAGAUUAUACAAGGAGAUAAUAGAUACAAAUACAAGGGGUAGUCUGGAUUUGUAUCUACAAUUUUCAAUCAGUCAAACAACUUCAAACAACUUUUUCUUAUGAAAUAGAUUUCAGAACAUGUAUCAUCAUUAGAUGAACCAUACAAGAAAGUGUUACUGGAGGUUUUGACAUGCCAUAAACAAGUCCUCAGGCGUAAACUUGUUGAAGACACGACAGCAGUCUCUCAUGCAGUGCUAUCUGAUUUUGAUUGGAAAUUAAAGGUGAAGUUUUGAAAAAACUAAAGAAAUCCUUAGAAAUUAGAAGUACAGGUUAUCUUACUUUUUAAAAAAAAAUCAUUUAUAUUAACUUUGCUUUUCUUUGUGGCUGACUGGCAAAAUCUUCGGAUGGCUAAUUACCCACUUCCCAGCAACCUAUUGAGCUGAAACUUGACACAUAGACUUGUUCCCAAAGACAAAACUGUCUAAUUCUACCCGUUAUCAAAUUUUCAGCCCCACCCCCCAAAAAAUCAUUUUCCUGUUUUUCAAUGAGAAGAUGAAGGAAAUAUGCCACUGAUUUCACAAAAGAAAAUGCAUAACAACUGGGCUAAAUGAGAUUCUUUGAAUAAAAAAAUAUAUCACAAGUGCGAUUGGUGCGUAAUAUUUUCUUGUUUUUCAGAAAUAGUUGUUGAAAUAAAUCUGCUGCGUAAAAGUGGGAUGGUCAUUAGAAAUAGAAUAUUACUAUAGUUCAGGGGAAUGAAAAAAAUGUGCAGUGAGCCUAGAGGGUGGGGGCACUAAUUCAGUAAUUGGGAUUCUUAUUUGACAUGACGUCCUUGGUAUUUCAGAAAAGUUCUUUGCCUCUUUGUUAUGACGACAAUGUGAUGUCCUUAGUAGUUGAAAGUGGGUGAUCUUGGCGCAGCGUCGACUUCAUCGGUAACGAAAGGGUUAUUCUCCAUUUGCUUUUUUGACUUACAGUUGGCAAUGGCGAGUGACAAGUUAGCAUCAAUACAAGAGCCUCUACUACAGCUUGAUUUGGACAUAAGAGAUGCCAAUGGACAACGAAGACAAGUUUUUCUUGAGCUUGACAAAGUAGAACUAUCGAAGUUAAUCACCUCUUUAGAAAGUUGUAGCAAAGUAAGUGACCAGUGAAAGUGAUGUUAUUAAUUAAUGAUUGCAAUUUGUCCUCAAAUUAGAGAUUUUUAAUACUAUAUAAAUUUUUUUAGAAGCUUAAAGUUAUUAUGCAAAAGGGUACCAACAUAUUUUUACGGUAUUUAUUUACUCCAAAAUCUACAUAGGGGUAUAUGUAUUUAUUUCAAAUCUUUCAUAAUCUUCUUGAAGUUUUUAGCAUUUGAAAUGAACAAGCCCAAUGAUAUUUAAGCAAUGUUGGUAAUAAGCAAAGAUAAGAAUAAAUAGUUAAACGCACUAGAAGUAAGUGAUAGAAUUAGAAGCACUUCAUAAAUAAGGGAAACAAUUCAUCUCAACAAAAUUAACUUGAAUAAUUUCCUUGAAAUAGCUAAUUCCUUAUUAAAUUUGUAAAGGCAGGCAAAAAAUUUACCAGUCAAAAAUGACUUACCUAUUAAAUAAAUUAAAAUAACUUUAAAUUUCACAAAUUUAAAAUAGUUUUCAAGAAUAACUUGGGGUAUUUGGCAGGAAAGAAGAAAAUUAAUGCAUACCGUAAGAGAAAUGAUUGUCUUUAACUAAAAUUGUCUAUUUCCAAGUUUUUGUUGAAAGUGGGAACAUGUAGAGAAAAAAUGCCUUAAGAGAGUAUGUUAAAACUGAAAUGGACAACAUAAAAAUUUUUCAAGCUCUCUCCCGUCUGUUAUUGCUCGGGCAAAAAUAAAUGCUUUGGGACUAAAUAAAUGGCAACAUUGCUUUAAAAAAUGUAAUUUUAUGUAUGGAAAACUACUCUCCCUCUCUGCUGUAAGUUGAUUUGAGGGAUGUUAUCUUCUUCAUCUUCAUUGAUCCCCACUUUGAUACUAUUUCAUUUAUAGCUAUAGACUAUACACACUUUUCUUUUCCUUAUUUAACAAAAAUCCCAUUGAAUUCCAUUUUUAGGAGUCUGGAAACAAUUGAAGAGUUCAAGGGAAAAACAAGUGAUGUCAAUUUUUCGAAAUUUGCAAGUUAUCUCCCAUGUGGCGACACACCAUUAAAUAAAAUAGUAUAACACAUAGGCUCAACUGAAAAAGUAGCGUAGUCACUAUAGGCUCAACUGAAAUAGUAGCGUAGUCACUAAAUACAUAUUUAGACAUCUUGACAUUUUUAUACUUUUAUGAGUAACUUUCAAACUUUAUUAUCAAUUUUCUCAAAACUCUCAAAACCUGACAUCACUGGUUUUUCCCUUGAACCCUUCAAUUGUGUUUUUUUAAAUAUACGUACUACACAUCAUUUUCUUUUCAUUUUUGAUGAUCCCAUUUAAUCAUAUUUUUAUUUGUCUGGAACAGUAGUGUAAAACAAACUACCACAUUAAUUGGGUAAUUUUAACUCUCAUAAAAUAAUAAAAUAAAUUGAAUAACUUUUUGUGUGUCCACAGUCUGUUCAACAAUUAACAACCUCAGCGUGAAAUGCAAGACAGUUACUCAGCCAUUCAUAAAAUCUGUUGUUCACAGGCAUGUCAUUAGAAAGGGUCAAAUUUGUGGAAUGAUGAAUUAACAGAUUAUUACAUUUACUAGUUCAUUAACUAUACCUAUCUACCAUUUUACAACUUCUUACAGACAGGCCUACAGAUAUUGCCCUCUGGCUUCAAUGUUGUUUAAAUUCAGAGAUAGAAAGCAUUUAUAGUAAAACUAAAAUAUCAUUUUGUUAUAUUAUGAUUGAGCUUUUAAUAAUAACACUAAUUUAUAUGUUAUUUAUUAACUGCUUUUAUUUUAUCUCAUUACAAUUAGGUAUAAUGAGAAAGUCUAGACUUUUGUAUUGUACAGAAUGUCAUUUUAAUUUAAAUUCUUCCGCAACGCAUAAUUUGAAAAUAGAAUUUAAACAAUACAAAUGAUGGAUACAAAAUUAAUUACCAGUGUCGUUAGAGAUUAAUUUUGAGAAAGUGAAAUUGUUUUGCCAUAUUAUUGAUGUAAAUUACAAUGUUAAUGUAAAUAAAAAAUAAUUAUGCCCAAUAAUGUAUGUUUUUUUUUUUUUUAAAUAUUGUAACUUAUUUGAUUUAAGGAAAGAGAAGUACAUCAUACUUCACAAAAAUUGUCUUGCAAGAUGAGUUUUAAAGCAUUUGCUCAAUAACAUCCACAGUAGGGGUUAUUCAACUUGUAAUGAAAUUUAAUUAUUAACUUUCAUUUCCCUCCCAACAGUUGCUCCAGGAUUGUCUUGUGUUAAACCCCAAGUUUGAGCCAUUGUCAAAGAUAUUGGCCUAGUGUGAUUUCUUUUUUUAAAACCCUCCACUGUUGCAUGAUUACACUGUACCCUCAAGGCCUACCAGGCAUUUUUUUUUUUUACUAGAGUGAUGUUCUUUCCUAUCACAGCAGAAAUUCCAAGUAAUGUAUACACUUACAAACUUAUGCUGGGUUAAGCCAACAUAUCAAUAGAUCGCAAGAAGUAUUUAAAAAACUAUAGUUUUACAGCAUUUGUUUUACAAACUACCAUUUGAUGUGUUUUACAAACUAUCAUAAGCUAACAUUUGACAACAUUGUGUUAUAUAAACUAUCGUUAACAGCACUAAAUUAAAAAAACACAAGUAAGAGUUUCAAAUAAAUUAAUUUGUAUUUAACAUUGUAAUUUGUAUACAGCUUGGUUGCUUUUGAAAUUCAAAACUAUUUUUAACAUGAGAAAUGAAAUAGAUGGAAAUGAGUUUAAUGAAAACCACCAUAUUUCUGUUUAUCUAUUCAUCGUUGGCGUAGUCACAGGGGUUUUUACGCAGAAGCCUUUCAUGUUCUUUAAUGGCCCAGUCGUAGAUUAGGUAACCAACGAUGAAAGCUGAAAGCGAAGACACACAAAUAAAUAGACAUUUUUUGUCAUGGCUCUCUCACCUGUUUAAAUGGUCUGUUAUUAGUGAAUGUUCAUUUUAGCACAUUGGCAAUAUUCCAUCUAAUAAAAACACUAGUAGUUACCCAAAAAAUAGAAAUAAUUAUUAUCUACUCCAGCAAGAAAUUAUCCAUUUUAUUUACAGCUAAUAUUAUAGAAAAUAAUUCUCAUUCUGUUUUUAAAAAAAAAUAAUAAAAUGAUGGCACUUAGAUGCAUUUUUAUUUUUCAUUAGAUAGUUACUACUUACGGGGAGCCACUCUGAAAACUUGAUUUUUAAAGCGUCGAAACAUAUUCGGAACACCCUUAGAAAUAGCUCCAGCAAAAGCCUUCUGUUCAUAUGGUGAAAGACUGUAGAUGAUCACACCACGUACAUUAGUCGCCAUGUUACCCCAGUGCAUGCCCAUUUUCAGAGAGUUAUCGACACAGCUGCAUGAAAAAAAAUAUAUAAUUUCAAUUAUUGUUUCUUGGUCGUCCUGCCAUUUUGAACAAAAUGAUCCCACUACCAGCAAUACCGCAAAACGAGUAUGUCUUAUUAUAUAUAAUCACUAGCCCUCGCCCUCAUUUUACUUAGCGCAAAUAAGCACCAUUAAUAAGCGCAUUUGCCUAUGAAUAAAGGGGAGGGGUGCUCAAAUUAGAGCUGACCAAUCACGGAAAACGUAUUGCAGCCAUCAGUAUGAGAUGACUAUCAAUAAAUGACCCCAUGAUAUCAUUCCGAUUUCUCCCAUUUCUGCAACGCCACAAAUAUUUUUUUUUAAAAGUGGAAACAUGAUGACACAUUGGCACAUAUUUGUGGGGACCCCCCCCCCCCCCCCCCCCCCCUCCCCCCCCCAACCUCUCCGUUCCCCUCCAGGACAAUGUUGACUUGUGUGUCCGCUGCCUUAGUCGGUGAUCCACUUCUAAUCCUCCCCCCCCCCCCCGACUUCAAGGGACAACCCGUAUACUCCAAGUGCUCUGAGGGGAAAAAAUAGAAAGGGGGGCCUCAUGCGUAAUGAAAAAUCCCAGUGGCUAAUUUUCAUUAUCAUCCCUGUGACGUCAUUUGCGUGUUUAUUAUAGUUGCAGUGAAUUAGGGUUUAGGUUAGGUUGAGGGAUCAAUUUAGGGAUCAGGUUAGACAUAGGGUUCGAUUUAGGGUUCAGGUUAGGCAUAGGGAUACAUUUAGUUUAGGCUUAGGUUUAGUGACAGUGUCAACCAAGAUGGCGGAAACCCUGGGGAGAUUUAUCAACAUUUACCAAUCCAGUAUUUCAUUAUUUUUUGUGAACAUGCCUACCAUUUGAAAAUUUUGUUAUUACAUACUAACUUAUAUGUGGUUAAAAAUCUGGCCACAGGUUGAUUUUUAAAAAAACAAAACAAAUGGGGCUAUCAGCUAUGUAACUUUGGUCGGGGGAUAUUUAAAGACUCUUUAGAAAUCAAAGAAAAAAGGUGAUGUAUAAUUUAGUAAAAUCAGUAUUAGUUAAGUAAAUUUCACACUGUAUAGUAUUUAAUUAAUAAAGAAUUUUAAGAAUACACCUAAGUUGAGAUAAGAUAAUACGAAAUCCGUUAAGAAAUAAUAAUAUACGCACCUGAACAGCACUUUUACCCCAAAUUUUGACUUACAAACCCUACAAUAAUUGUUAAAUAUCUUUUAAAAUAAACCCAAACUCUCACUUCCCGGACCCGGGUCCGAAUAGCCUCAGCCAUAAUAAAAUACAACAUGAUGAUUCAUUAUUCAUUAUUAAUUAUUGUGAUUGUGAAUUUAGACACUUAAACUUUAAGCUGGACGAUCGCCGGUUACCACUAUUACCAUUGAAUAUAGCUUCAAUAUGAUUUUACUUGAUUAACUAUCGUGCCUUUGAAAUUUGUAAAAUUUAGCCUACCUCACAAUGAAUUUGAGAAAAAAAUAAAAAAUAUAGUGUAUGCCCUUCUGUCUCAGCAAAGGUUAGGGU